AAUGGACCUUUUAGACCCAAGUCAACCCUUCCAAAAGUCCACGGAACUUUCUGACUAAAAUGGGCCCAAACUGUAAAUUAGCCCAGCAAAUCAGCAUUCAGCAACGUCUUUCACUAACCACCAGACACCGCUGUUCCUCCCCGAGUGAUCGCCGGCGAUUGAGCUGCAACCACCAUGGCUUCCACUGUCCGAGUCGCCGCUGCUCAAAUGACUUCAAUCAAUGAUAUCGCCGCCAACUUCGCCACCUGCUCCCGCCUCGUUAAGGAAGCUGCUUCCGCCGGGGCAAAGUUGAUUUGUUUUCCAGAAAACUUUUCAUAUGUCGGUAACCUUUCUGGGGACAGUGUUAAGAUUGCCGAGCCAUUAGAUGGACCUAUAAUGAAGAGUUAUUGCGAUCUUGCGAGGGAAUCAAGUAUGUGGUUGUCUCUUGGAGGAUUCCAAGAAAAAGGAUCUGAUGAUGGACACAUCUGCAAUGCUCAUGUUUUGGUGGAUGAUACCGGGGCUAUCAGGAGUGUUUUCCGAAAGAUCCACCUAUUUGACGUGGAUGUUCCUGGAAGUGCAGUUUACAAGGAGAGCAGCUUCACCGAAGCUGGAAAGGAGAUUGUAGCAGCAGAUAGCCCCAUUGGAAGAUUAGGUCUGACAGUUUGCUAUGAUUUGAGGUUCCCAGAACUUUACCAGCAGUUGAGGUUUCAACAUGAUGCCCAGGUGUUGUUGGUGCCUGCUGCUUUUACAAAACCCACUGGUCUAGCACACUGGGAGAUACUUCUGCGAGCUCGUGCCAUAGAAACUCAGUGUUAUGUCAUAGCUGCCGCACAAGCUGGAAAGCACAAUGAAAAAAGAGAGAGUUAUGGUGACACAUUAAUUAUUGAUCCAUGGGGAACAGUAGUUGGAAGGUUACCAGAUGUCCAUCUGCUGCUUGUUAUUAUCCUCUCCGUGUAAGGAAUGAUCGUCUAUCAACUGGUAUUGCUGUUGCAGAUAUUGAUUUCUCCUUGAUAGAGUCUGUUAGAGCCAAAAUGCCCAUAGCCCAGCAUCGGAAGCCUGUUGAGUUCUGGAAAUCUGCCUCGUUGUGAGCGAAGGUUAUUCAGCCUGAGUAAACAGUAUUCUGCUGAUGUUCUGUGGAUUUGCUGGCAAAAGUCAGAUGCAUGUUUUUUUUAUUAGCAAAAGCUUCUAGUUUCAUUAUGGUUAUUACGGUCAUCUUUUGUUGUAUCAUAUUACAAUAAAAUCCCUUAUUUUCUGCCAGUGUGAAAAUAAAUAUUUUUGUCUAGUGGAAACCUCUGUCUGGUUCUCUUUCUGGGGUUCCCAUGGAAGCACUAACUGUGGCGAUGUGUUGUAUUGCUGUGCCAUUUUAGAGAAAGCAAGGGAGCGUUACUAACAAACAAUGAAAUGAAUUAUCAUGGUUUUUCCUGCAAGCGUUGAUGACUAAACAAUUUGCAAAAGAGAAAAUUCUGUUUCCCUGGAGUAGCUGAAAAUUGCACAAGAAAAAGCUCAACUUGAAAGAGACUUUGUUUAUGUUCCUCCAGACAUAGUACGGAUUCGGCUCUUUGCCCUCUUCUAGUACCUAGUAUACUGUAGUAUUGAUGAUGAACUUGAAAACGAUAAUGCUAAACAAAAGCAUCAGCUUCUUCAGUAGCAAUGCUCUUGGACAAAUGGUAUGAACCAUGAGGGCAAGGUUUUAGAGUAACAACUGGCAGCGAUACCAAGUAUAGCGUGACAGCAAGUGGCAGGAAUUGAAACGCUCCGAAAUGUCAAAACUUCCUUGAUGAUUUCUGUGAUACAGGGUUUAACAAUUGCCUUGGCAUUCUUGCAAUCGUUACUCACUUCUAGUUCAACGCCUUCACCGUAGCAAAGCCCAAGCAAGAUGAAUAGGCACAGAAUUACUGCAGACAUUCUGCAAUUCUUUGGAGACAUUUUUUUCUUACCUGCUAAUGUAAACUGUUCUUGGUGGGGCUGUGCCUGUCACAGCUAUGGAGAGAGUUUUUCAGUACUAUAUAUGACAGGAAUGCAGUUAUGUCUUGCUUGCUUCAUUA